AUAAACCAACAAAUACUCAUGAAAACGCGGAAAAACUUCGGAAGGGUUGCUUGAAGAGAAAGCUAUUUCAGACAAAAUUAUCAACUUCUAUCGCAAUGAUUUAUGAAGAAUUUAGUUUAUUACUACAGCCUCAUUUAAACUAUUUAAUCAUCGUUACCCUUAAACAGCUUGAAGUUAAUAAUAGUUUAAGAGGCUUUGCGUAUUCUUUUGGACCGGUGGAUCUCAUUACAUGGCAAACAUUCCCUGACAAUUUAGGGUUAGAAUUAAAUUUUGAUGAAGUAAUAGUAGAUUAA